AUGAUGAACUGGACAUUACUUCCAAAGUAUAGUGAAGAAUAUAUAAAAGGGGUCAAAGAUUUUGUGUCGAAUGGUAUGGCAAAUUUUGGCGUAGGAACUGAACUUAGGUGCCCGUGUAAGAAAUGUACUAAUCGCUUCUGGCACUCGCGAGAUGUCGUCUAUGAGCAUCUUAUAUGCCAGGGGCCAUAUCCAGAGUUUGUGAACUGGAUAUAUGAGAUUUCAACGGCAAAAUUUAAAAAAAGCACUGGAAUUAGUGAUGAUAUGGACUGUGAUACGGGGGGGUUUGGUUUGGGAGAAGAUUUUGAUGAUAUGGUCCUUAAUCGACAUAAAAAUAGUAUUGAUACCGGUGUUAAAAAUCAGAUGAACAAAGAAGCAAUGAAUUUCUAUAGGCUUGUCGAGGAGGGUAAACAACCUUUGUAUCCGGGCUCCAAAACCUUUACUCGUUUAGGUUUUAUAGUUAAGCUUUACAUGUUGAAGUGCACUUGUGGAUUUACGGAGUCAGCGUUUAGUGCAAUACUUGAGUUGAUAAAGGAGGCCUUCCCCGAGUCAAAUUUGCCCCCUUCGUUUAGUGCUGCAAAGGGAAUAAUUAAAGAAUUAGGCCUUGAUUAUGAGAAGAUUCACGCAUGUCCCAAUGACUGUAUGUUAUAUUGGGACAAAGAUAAAAAGGAAAAUAAUUGCAAAGUGUGUGGAGUUUCAAGAUGGAAAUCUGUAGAAAGUGAUAAGGCUGCUGUUUUAGAAAAUAAUGAUAGGAAAACCUAUAAAGUCCCUGCCAAGGUCUUGAGAUACUUUCCAUUAAAACCAAGAUUGCAGAGAAUGUUCUUGUGUAAAGAAUAUUCACAGCUCAUGACAUGGCAUUCAACAUGCCGAACAAUCGAUGGAAAGUUAAGACAUCCAGCCGAUGCCAAGGCCUGGAAGUCUAUGGAUGCAAGUCAUCCAAAUUUUUCUCAAGAGGCUCGAAAUGUGAGGCUGGGAUUAGCGGCAGAUGGGUUUAAUCCGUACCGAACGAUGAGUAUAUCUCAUAGUACUUGGCCAGUGAUGCUAGUUAACUAUAAUUUACCACCGUGGUUGAUUAUGAAACCUGAAAACAUAAUUCUUUCCACUCUGAUCCCUGGUCCGAUACAGCCUGGUAAUGAAAUAGAUGUGUAUUUGCAGCCGCUUAUAGCUGAGUUAAAAGAAUUGUGGGAUGUUGGUAUACAAACUUAUGAUGCCCACUGUAAUAACACAUUUACCUUGCGCGCGAGCCUAUUAUGGACUAUAAGUGAUUUCCCGGGGUAUGGGGUUUUAUCAGGUUGGACCACAAAGGGAUACCUUUGCUGUCCCGAAUGUCAUUAUGAGACCUCAUCUGUAUAUUUGAAGCACAGCCGUAAAGUUUGCUACAUGAACCACAGAAAAUUCCUACCUCCUGAUCACAAGCUUAGGUUUGACACGAAGAGAUUUAAUGGGGAAGUAGAAACAGGCCUCUGUCCCAAACCUUUAACUGGAAAGCUCAUUGAAAAUCUUUUGGCUGAAUUUAGGAAUAAUUUUGGAAAGCAAAAAGGCAAGAAGAAAGAUGGAGACUGUCCUUGGAAAAAAAAGUCGAUAUUUUUUGAGUUACCCUAUUGGAGUGAUAAUUUAGUUAGGCAUAAUCUAGAUGUGAUGCACAUAGAGAAAAACAUUGUUGAUAAAAUAUUAGGAACUUUGUUAAAUAUUGGGGGCAAGACAAAGGACAAUCUAAAUGCUCGUCUCGAUUUGCAAGAGAUGGGCAUUCGUAAGGUUCUUCAUCCUGUUAAAUCAGCAGAUAAUAGUCACUUUGAAAUCAGUGCUGCAUGUUUUGACAUGACCAAAAAAGAAAAAGAAGACUUUUGUUCAGUGUUGAUGAAUGCCAGAUUGCCUUAUGGAUGUGCAUCUAAUAUAAGCCGCUGUGUGCAAUUGAAUGAAAGAAAAAUAAGUGGUUAUAAAAGUCAUGAUGCACAUUUCAUUCUCCAAUACUUACUUCAAUUUGCUGCAAUAAAAACUUUAAAACCAGAGGUCGCGAUACCGUUGAUACGACUAGGUUCCUUCUUUAGGGGAAUAUGUGGUAAAGUUAUACAGUUGGAUGAUGUGGAGAAGCUGCAGAAAGAAAUAAUUGAAAUAUUGUGCCAGCUUGAAACAAUCUUUCCCCCUGCGUUCUUUGACAUUAUGGUUCAUCUGCCAAUUCAUUUAUGUAAAGAAAUUGAAUUUGGAGGACCUGUGCACCUUCGAUGGAUGUUUGGGAUUGAAAGGUAUUUGAGUAAAUUGAAGUCUUACGUUCGUAAUAGGAGCAAACCAGAAGGAUGCAUAGCUGAAGGGUAUAUGGUUGAAGAAUGCCUGACUUUUUGUUCUAGAUUUCUAACCGAUGAUAGUAAAAAAACAAAGUCAGAUGUUGGAGGUCACAUUGGUUCAAGGAGAAACAAAGAUGGAAAGCCUAUACAUUUGGCAGAAAAAGUAUGGAUUAAUGCUCAUCGCUAUGUAUUAUUCAACUGUGGCAACAUGGAAAUAGAGAAGCUUAUCGAGGAACAUCGUUCUUUAUACGAUAAUCAAAUGAAGUCAAAGUUGUAUAAAAGGGAAAGAGACCACAAAAAGGAAUUUUACAUCUGGCUGAAGGAUCAAGUUGAAAAAAAUGAGGGAUAUUCAUCUGAAUUAUUAGGUUUAGCGAAGGGGCCUCAACGAGCAGCUAGACGAUUCACUGGUUAUGUAGUGAAUGGAUUAAGAUUCCAUACAAAAAAAAGGGAUGGAAAGUGUACGACACAGAAUAGUGGUGUACAUUUGAUGGCCCUGACUACUAGUUUUUCUAGUACAAAAGACAAAAACCCCAUAGUCGGAGAGGUUAGUUAUUAUGGAGCCAUAGAAGAAAUUAUCGAGGUUGAUUAUUGGGGAGCUUUGAGUGUUGUCUUGUUUAGGUGUAUUUGGUACCAAAAAGAUAAAGACUGUCAUGGGUUGACAAGGGUGAAUUUUAACAAAAUUUAUCAAAAAGAAGACCCAUUUGUUUUAGCUACGCAGGUUCAGCAAGUUUUCUACAUUCAAGAUUGUUCUGAAAAGAAUUUAUAUUUUGUUGUGAGAAGACUACCGAGGGACUACAAUGAUAUUGAAGAAGAAACUGAUCCAUUACUUGAAGAAGCUGUUAAUGCAGAUAUGUAUCAAGAACUGGAAUUUCCUAUAAAUACACUUCCUGAUGAUAACAGUUGGUAUAGAGAUGAUGUGCCGAAACGACAAAUUCUGAAUACACCAAAUGAAGUGGAAGAAAAUGAUGAAAUCUGCGAAUAA